UGUUUUGUUUUGCUUCUAAUUACGAACGGACGGAUUGCUCGUUUAAUUACGCACAUAUAGUGCACGAUGAAAUAACUUUACAGAGUGCGCUUCUCAAAACCUAUAUUCGAGUGUAAUAGAUAAUAAUUGACAUACAGGCGCACUCGAUCUCAGUGUAGAUUAGUUCGUCUGGUUGGACGGUAUAUAUUUUUAUCUGGAAAAUGCGCGAGCAUCUUCGUUCAAGCUGACUUUGUUUAGUUCGUCGCGCGGGAAGCUGCUGGCCGGUUGCAGAUCGAUAGCUAUGACUGAUUAUUUAUAUUAAAAAAAAGUGACUUAGUUCGCGAGUGUUAAAAAAAUUAAAAUCGCAAUGGAAUCGGCGGGAAUUUUUUCAGGAUUGUUUCCCGAGUAUUUAGUUACUUUUGUGGAUGAACUGGAUGAGCAUCCCUGGUUGUUCGCUUCUCUGGCGUCAAUUCUAGUGGGUCUGAGUGGGAUUUUGCCUCUUUUCAUCAUUCCAAUCGACGAGACAGCAUCUUUCAAGGAUGGAUCUGGUGCGGCUACACUACGGAUACUUCUAAGUUUCGCCGUGGGCGGACUACUGGGAGAUGUGUUUCUACAUUUGCUGCCGGAGGCAUGGCAGCAUGACUUUGCUUCUACGAAAGAAGGCGAACGCGUAUCAAUGAAAUGCGGCCUCUGGUGUCUCUUCGGCAUGCUCGUGUUCAUCGUGGUGGAGAAGCUGUUCGCCGCCUCCGAGGAAGACGAGGAACCUAAACAGAACGGCUCCAUCAAACAGAUAGAGAUAGAGGAGAUAGACAAGCUGCUCGCGGUGGAGAAGCGGAAGCGGGGGGCGUCCGAGGGGGAGGGGAUCUGUGGCGGGAACGGGAUGGUUACCGCUAAACAGCUGUAUGAUUCCUGUGUGUUUAACAAUAAUACUAAAGGAGAAGGCGGGUGCUGCAGCAGCGGCUCAAUAGCCAACGGCUCGCCACAGCGCUGCGGGAAAGGCAACCGGUGGAUGGGACGGUGCCUUCUACGGGAAGCCAGAGAGAAGGCACUAGCAGCUGCCAAGGAGAAACCUGAGAGGAAAGAUGUGGCGGGCUACCUGAACCUGAUGGCCAACUCUAUCGACAACUUCACCCACGGGCUGGCCGUCGGCGGCUCCUUCCUCGUCGGCUUCCGCGUCGGCCUGCUCACCACCUUCGCCAUCCUAGUACACGAGAUCCCGCACGAGGUGGGCGACUUCGCCAUCCUGCUGAAGAGUGGAUUCUCGCGCUGGGAGGCGGCUAAGGCUCAGUUGGCGACGGCAUCGGCGGGUCUCAUCGGAGCCUUGACGGCCGUCAUAUUCAGCGGAGCGAGGAAUGCCAUCGAGGCUAAAACAUCGUGGAUAGUCCCAUUCACAGCGGGCGGGUUCCUGCACAUCGCGCUGGUGACGGUGCUGCCGGACCUGCUGCGGGAGCAGGACCGGCGCGAGUCGCUGAAGCACCUCGCCGCGCUCGUGGCCGGCAUCCUGCUCAUGGCGCUCAUGACGCACUACUUUGCAUAGGUAUACGGCACGCGGGGCUCCCGGCAGUGGACUCCGUGCUCAUCAUAAUCUACGAGUAUGUAGGUUUUUAAAAUAUCCCACUGUUAUGAACUAUUUGUGAUCUAUGAAAAGGGACCUUAUUGUCGAUGGCGCUUCCGCCGUUAUAAACGAUGCUCCGAUACAAAUACAACGCUGCGCGACGCAGUGCGGCGUAAGCGCCAUCGAUAGUGAGGUCCCUUUUCAUAGAUAAAGCCACAUUUAAUAUUCUUGGUAAGUAUGUAAAGUGCAGUGACUACGAAAAUGAAGCCUCAACGUCCAUCACUGGUAACGUUGUUGUACGUAAAAAUUCAUAAAACACCAGUAAUACAGAAACCGCUGUGGUUGUUGUUCAGAUUCAAGAUGGCGAAGACGUCUCGGGAAUAUUUUUUUUUGUUUUGCUCAUUAAUGUUGUUUAAAGUGUAAUAUUGAUAGCUUAUUACGCAGUGAAUAGUGAACUAUCGUGGAAGUGUGCAGCUAAUGAAAAACUAAUCUUGAAACGCGUUUAACCAUGUUUUAAUCAACACCCGGCGAUGCAUCGUGGCUUGUAGUAAAGUCCAGCUAUCUCUUUACUAAAAGCAACUACCGAAUAACGUCAUGCUCUACGAGCACACUUAAAAGUUACUACUGAACAACGACACAUGAAAUUGGCAAAAUCAUCAUAGAUUUGAUGGAGGUCAUAUUUUAAAAGAAGAAGCUGCUGUUACGUCAGAUUCCAUAAAUUCUUGAACUUAUUCAUUACCUGUGCAUUGAUAAAGAUUUCAUAACUUUGAUUUAAAAAAAAAAGUUAAUGUAUGUGACACAGAAUUGUGAAACAGCCCCGAUUUAACCCAAACUAAAAUGGAUAUCUCGAAUAUAUUAUGAGCAAGCAGUAUUUGAAUAUUUUGGUUGUCCGAUGCGAAUUGUUAAAUUGAUAACAUUAAUUAAGGGCAGCAUUUUGGUUCAAUUCUAAAUUUAAAGCAUUUAGCUUUACAUGCGUAAAUACUCCGUGACAGUCGAGUCAUAAAUAUGUACACGUUACUACGUUUACUACGUUACGUUUCCUUGUGACAUUAAAGAUCUCGACGUCACAAAAAUACAUAUGUAAAUAUUAUAGUUACUAUUUCAUAGUUUUAAUAUUCACAUACGAAAAAAUGGUGUCGUCUAUUAGGUGCAUCAAAAACGAUUUUAAAUUGUAAAAUAUUACACUAAUAUUGUCAUAUUUAAAAAGUCAAUUUGAUCACUACCAUCAACAUCACACACUGUUAUUUUUAUUGUACGUCAGGAGAAUACAAUGUCUUAACUGAUGAAGUGAUGAGAAACUGUAAACAAAAAUAGAAAAAAAUACAUUUCAAAAUGUAUUCCGCCUGCUUUACCAAGAAACGUUCAAAUCACACUUUAGUACAUAAACAUAGCCAAAGAAUAAUAAAUAGCAUUAACAAUAGACAUAUUAAUUAUAUUUUAAUUGUCUUCACAUCUUCGUGUUCAAGUUUUUCCUGUAUCGUAUUAAUAGAAGAUUGUUAACUAAGGGUGGAAAGUGAGCCAUAUCACCUGAGAUAUCUUAUUACUUCGUUCGAGCGGCAACAGUUCGAGCACAGUAUAAUAAAGAGUAACAGCGUAGUUCGAGGGUGAGAUGGUGGCUUUUACCCGAGUUGAACACUCCACUUUUCAUUUCUACUAUGAGGAAAGUCAAACAUAAGAAAUGUAGGUUGUGAGUGGAAUUGGCGCCAUUUACAUUUUGAUCGGAAAGAAGUUCUAAAACCAUAGACAAUCCGAUCUUAAAUUGAGAUAUGUCUGAAACGGCCUUAAUGUUGUAUACGCGCCGUAAAAAAAAGUGAAACUGAAUUAAUGAAUGUAAAUGUAACUUUAAACAUUCAUCGUCAUUUAUAUUGAUUUAUUAACAAAUAUUUAUGUUUAUUUCAUACAUUUAAAUAUUAAAUACAACACAAGUCCUAUAUUUUUUUAAUAAUGCAAUGCAAUUUACUUUUAAUUUCGAUAAUACUUGGUCUGAAAAUGCGGAAGCUAAUAUGAGAGUUUUUAACUGAAUAACUGUUAGCCCUCGCUCGAAUAAAAAAAAAAAAAAAAACUUUCCACCCUAGGAUCAGCCUAUGAAAGGUGAACUUUCCGAAUAGGAGAGAUGAAAAUAUAUUAGUUUUAAAUAUUUAUAAGUAAAUAUUUAAAGAAGAGAUUGAAUUAUCUCCACUAUUAUAACUUUAUAAGUCAUAGAUGUUAGCUAAAAAGUCACCAUUUAAAGCUAACUACACACUUCAUAAAAAAACUCACGUGUUUUUUCGGAUGUUACAAUUUUUUUUUGCCCCCACAUUUAGUUGUAAGUUUAUACUUAUACAUUAAUGUACAGUAUAUUUUUGUAAAUAUAUUACGACAAAUAAUCAUGAAACAUAUAGGAACUAGCUAUAGUACAAAUAUUACUCCACUUAUAUACCAUGUGAUACUUUUUGUAAAUAUAAGUUUAUAUUACAAAACCGCUUUGUAAAUUAGGUUCAAUUAUGUUCAAAUAAAAAAUAGAUACAUAUAAAAGUUUAAACUAGCUUAAACCUACCAAAAUUAAGGGAGAACAAGUAAUGCAAAGAUGUUCCAAAAUAUCUGCAGAUCGCGCUGACAUCUGAUGACGUUGACUGCAUAUUAUUCUAUUAUAGGGCAUUCACUGAAAAGUGUAAGUACCAUUUAGUUUUUUUUUUCGAAAAAUCAUCAACUUGUGGGUUAUUUUUAUUCGGAAUCUCGAGGACUAUCGAUUUAAAAAGGAAGAAAAAGACUUUUGUGACACAAUUUCACAUAUAUUUUGUAUGGACCGUCACAAAACUGACACCUAAAAUUUGUAUGAAAAACUGGGGACACUUUUUUCUUUGUUUCAGUCAAUAGUCCUCGUAUUUGAGAUCGAAAUAAUACAAAAGUUGUUUUUCGAAAAAAAAUGGUACCAUUUUUUUCUGUAAACCCCCUAGAAUAGAAUACUAUGUAGUAAAAAAAUACAGCGCCAUCUACUUCAGGUUUAAAAUUUCUCGCCAUAAGGAUUUGCACUUAUUUUUUCGUUUUAGUAUAUUCCUGUCUAUGGUUUAAUUUAAGCCUUAAGUCCCAAUUUUUCUUACUCAAUCAAAAUAAGGAUUAUAUUAUAUAGUUUCAACUCAACAGUUUAUUAAUUGACAUGUAGUUAUUAAAAAUUAAUAUCCAUAAACAAUUAUUAAGAAAAUGUGCCGUUUCAACCAGAAGAAUACCUGCUUAUUGUCGGUUGUCAAUAAGACGUUAUUUUCAUAAAGCUUCAAUUUUAAACCAACCUUAUCGAAAACCAACAAUGUGGUACCUUUAAGUUAAAAACGUCGCAUAUAUUAGUGUAUGAUUUUCAUUGCCUGAUACUAACGCAAGUUAUGUUUUAUUAAUUAUUAAUAUCUUGCAUUUCAUCGUAGCACGUAAUAAUAUGUGAUAAAAAUUGCCAUUUAGUAUUGUAGUCCGUUACACACGGGCCAAAAAUUUUAAUAAUUCUGGUAAUUAUUGGCCCGGUGAACGGCUGUGUAAAAUUAUUUUUAAUUACUGUUGGAAAUGAAUAAAGUACUUUGAAGUGGA